AGCAGCAGCGUCACAUGUUGUUUUUCUCCAGGAUCGGAUCAGUCUCCGCUCUGGUUCCGGCUGCGACGCUUCUUCUGCCGUGGCGCGACCGCGGGCGCAGCUUUUGACGUCUGCGAUGAAUUAGAAUUUAUCUUUUCUUUUACUUUUUUUAAACGGAGCUCUUUAAAGUAUUUUUGGUUGCCAGUAAAACAUAAAAUAACCAAACAAAAAGGCCUGUCUGUAACUUGGAGACGGAAAAAAAAAAAGACGUGGAGAAGAAAUGGCAAGUCCUCCGGCGACGGGAGGACACCUGUUACGCGACGGGGCGAGCGGCGUGAAGAGGUGCGGAUACCUGAGGAAGCAGAAACACGGACACCGGCGCUUCUUCGUGCUGCGCGAGCCCACGGAGCGCGGCCCCGCGUGCCUGGAGUACUACGAGAGCGAGAAGAAAUGGAGGAACAAGUCAGCGGCGAGGCGCCUCAUCACUUUGGACUCGUGCCUGUGCGUGAACAAGCGCGCCGACGCCAAACACAAGCACCUCAUCGCCCUCUACACCAAGGACGAGUACUUCGCGGUGGCCGCGGACAGCGAGCAGGAGCAGGAGAGCUGGUACGCGGUUCUGACCGACCUCAUAGCCGAGGGGAAAGUGUAUGACAGCCCCGCGUCCACAUCCUCCCUGGUGGGCUUUGAGGAAGCCAGCUACGGGCUUAUGGCCCCCGCGACGGCCGCCUAUAAGGAGGUGUGGCAGGUCAACCUCAAGUCCAAAGGCCUGGGUCAGAUCAAGAACCUCACCGGGGUGUACAGGCUGUGUUUGUCCAGCAGGACCAUCAGCUUCGUCAAGCUGAACUCCGAGUCGGCCGCCGUCAGCCUGCAGCUCAUGAACAUCAGGCGAUGCGGCCACUCGGACAGCUUCUUCUUCAUCGAGGUGGGCCGCUCGGCGGUGACCGGGCCCGGCGAGUUCUGGAUGCAGGCGGAGGACUCGGUGGUGGCGCAGAACAUCCACGAGACCAUCCUCGAGGCCAUGAAGGCCAUGAAGGAGCUGUCCGAAUUCCGGCCGCGGAGCAAGAGCCAGUCCGCCAGCACCAACCCAAUCUCCGUGCCCACCCGGCGCAACCUCAACAACCUCCCCCCGAGCCAGACGGGCCUGGUGAGGCGAUCCAGAACGGAGAGCGUGGCGGCGACGUCCCAGGGGAGAAAGUUCACGUCCUGUCGGAUCAGAACGGCCAGCGAGGGGGACGGGAGCGUGACCCGGCCCGUGUCCAUGUCCAUAUCCGGGAACACCAGCCCGAGCUCCGGGAAUCACCUCAUCAGGUCCAACACCCUCAGCAGUGGGCGCACCUGCAGAAUGCUCGACUCCUCCUCCAGUCUGCAUCAUAGCCGCUCCAUGCCGGUGUCCAACUCCCCGCCGGGCACCUCAAGCCCUGUCAGCAUGUCUCCCAGGCGGGGGGGCAGAAUCUGCACCCCCGAUAAGGCCCGGCGGCCCUUCAGCUGCAGCGCUUCUAUCUCCGGCUCCCUCAGUGACACUGGCUUCAUGACGUGCGACGACUACAGCUCCAGCCCGGGCGAGCUGCGAUUCAUCCCCCUCACCCGCAGCGACACCCCCGACUCCCUGUGCAGCACUCCCCCGUCCCGCGACAUCAGCGACCCCUGCGGCUACAUGAUCAUGGAGGAGACAAACGACGGCGGUCCCGAGGCCGGUGGCGGCGAAGGUCCGGCGAACCACGCGGCGUACAGGAAGCGGACGCACUCCCUCACCACGCCGCGUCAGCAACGGGUGGUGGCGCCGCUGUCGUCGGCCUCCCUGGACGAGUACACGCUCAUGCAGAUGGCCCAAGGACAGAACUCUCACUCCGCCUCGCCCAAAGUGUGUUACCCUGAGGACUACGGAGACGUCGAAAUCGGUUCGUCCAGGAGCUCCAGCAGCAACCUCGCCGAUGACGGCUACAUGCCGAUGACGCCCGGUGUGUCGGCCGAGUCGGGCAAGACUGACAACUACAUGCCCAUGAGCCCCAUGUGCGUCUCUGCACCAAAGCAGAUCGUGAACCCGAGGGUGCACCCCCAGGCGGCUGCCGGCGGCGGCUUCAAGACCAGCUCCCCAUGCAGCAGCUCCCUGGAGGACAGCGGCUACAUGAGAAUGUGGUGCGACUGGUCCUCCGCUGACAGCCCGGACAGGCAAGGCGAAUACAUGAACAUGUCGCCUGGGAACCCUCCGCCGCUGCAGACGCCCCCCGACUACUACGUGGGCCCGCUGGCGGCGGAACCGGUGAGGUCGGCCCACCAGGCCGGCUCCUCCCUCGCGACCCCUACUAAACUUCAGGCCUCCAAGAUUGAGGAGAGCAGCCAGUAUGUGCUGAUGAGCCCGCAGAGCUUGAGGCAGAGGACGGGGGAGUCCGACUACUAUUCAGUGAUGCAGCCCAGCGCGGCCCAGAGCUCCCCGCUGAGCCCCUCGCUGCCCUCUCCGGUCCGACAUGGUCGUGCGGAGAACUUGCACUACAGAGGGCGACUCGGUAGGCCCAACAGGCUGUCUCUGGACACCGUGAGGACCCUGCCCAGCAUGAAUGAGCACCCGCUGCCCGGAGAGCCCCGGAGCCCCGGGGAGUACAUCAACAUCGAGUUUGCCCGAUUCUCCGUCGUCUCCGCGGAGAGCCAGUCGCCAUCGGCGGGCUCCACCGUCGGGGGCCCCAGGAGUGCCUCUCUGACCGACUACAUGAACCUGCAGCUGGGCUCGCGCUCGCCCAAGAAGACUCCCGCUGAACGCCUGGGCACGCUCCCGGAGUUACCCGUGUGCUCUGGGGAGGACGGAGUGUACCGUCUGGCCGGCGAGCAAGGCUCUCAGGCCCGUGGUGAUGAGGAAAAAAGUGACUACACUGAGAUGACAUUUGGGAUGACCAGCUCCCCUGCGCAGCUCGUUCCUCAGAACACCGCAAGCUGCCAGAGCGGCAGGGAGAGCAGGCUCUCUCUGGAGGACCAGGGAGUCCCAGAGGGCAUUGGGGUCUUUCUGAUCGGGGCCACCUCUUCCUCCGCCGUGGACCCCGACUGCUCCGCCAAGGUGAUUCGGGCCAACCCGCAGGGACGCCGGCGCCACAGCUCCGAGACCUUCUCAUCCACCGCCACCGUGACGCCGGUCUUCCCCUCCUUUGCCCGCGGCGACGCCAUGAAGAGGCACAGCUCGGUGGAGAACAUCUCGUCCCGGAGCAGCGAGGGCUCCGAUGAGGAGUACGGCAGCCCGAUGAGCCGGCAUAGCUCCGCUGGCUACCCCAACAGGCUCAACUACAUUGCCUUGAACCUGCUGGACAGCAGGGAUGUGGAGAAAUGCGGGGAACUGGCCGGCUUCAAGCCCAGCAGCAGCUGCAAAGCGCGUAUCAAUGGAUUACACAGCUCACCAUAUGUCUGUUUGGGGUUCAAGGAGGCCGCAACCACUGCCAAAGAUUGAAAAAUUCCUCGAUCCGUUGAAUUGGCGACUUCACCGACUUGCUGCUCAGCAACAAACAAGAAUCCACUUUGCCCUCCAACUGGGCUCUGCGCCCCUAAAAGACUGUCUGGACCCCCGGCAACGAUCACACAGACUCUUUUAGGAAACAAGCAGGUCACCGUCUAUGCAUGUCAUUUUGCUGAAGGCUGGACAGGUGGGUGCGAGGGAGAGAGUGGGUGUAUGUUUGGUAAGUCUAGUCGCUUUCAGAGGCCAUCUCACCUGUGACCCACAUUUAGGCGCAACAGAAGCAAAUAUAUUUAGAUAGUAACAAAGCUCCACGGUACCCAUAUACUAUUUAUUUACCUGAGGGUGAUUUUACAACUGCCUGUGUGAAUGCGAGUGUGUUUCUGAGACAGUAGUACAACCAAACGGUACAACAGUGAACAAAGAAACUCACCAUACAAAUUGCCCAGGGAGUGAAGAUACCAAGGUACAAGGAGUAUAUAACUAUAUUUAGAUUAAUGUUAUUUAUUUUUGGAAGACAAAUGUUUGAUAGGACCUACCCAAUGCCUUAAUGUCUAUACUGUCCUUGUGUUUUUUAUGAAAUAAGAGAACUAUUCUAUUACGAUAUGUCUGUUUGGGCCUCCAUCUCUAUAUUGUUAUUCUGUAGAACUUCAAAAGCUUACCAGUAAAGAUAUUAUUUCCGAUAUAUAUAGUAAGAGAUUUAUUGUAUUGAUAUUAAAAUAUUUUCUUAAUAAAUCAGUAAUUAUUUAUUCUUAGUUUAUUUCAUGUCCAAUCAAUGCGCUGGACUUACAGAAUUAUAUUUCUAAAUGUUGUUAAUGAGUUAUGCAUGUCUUGAUAACUCAGCUCAGACCCAACAAUAUUAGGCAUCUGAAUGCACUGAAUCCCACAGUUCCUCAGUCACUUGAGCCCCUAAAACCUCUCACACUCCUACCUUCAAACCUAUACGGCCUGCCGUCGCGCUCGACGCAGGCCGCUCUGCUGUGAUAUUAUUGGACUGUACAGUUGAGGUGGUAAUGGAGGGGGCACAGCGGAGACGGUUUCUGGUCAAACAGUGAGGGCGGAGGUGAGGGGACCGUCGCAGAAAACAAAUCGUAAAAUUAGCACACAUAGAAAAGGGCCAUCAAAUCAGUGCAUCUAAUGCAUGCUAACAUUUGCCACUAUCUCUUGCUGGCCGACAUCAGCUGACAAUAUUAGCCAAUGUCAGCCAGGAACUUCCGUUAGCUUACGUCAGCCAGUGGGUAGCUAACGGUAGUUUCCUGGCUGACAUUGGCUAAUAUUCGGUACAGGCUGGCUAUUGGGCUAACAUUAGCAACCUAAAUGUGACAUUUACAUUAGCUACAAAACUGUUGACUGUAAUGAAUUUAACACAACGGUUGUAUUGCUCAUAGUUUGCUUAUAGUUUAGUUUGAAAAAUGUUCUCUUCUCUUAGCUUUUGUAACAUUUUCUGAACAGCCGCCACUACGGCCAGUGACAAAAGCGGAACGGAUUGCUAUCAUUAGCUAACGUGUGCUAUGCUACCAUAAGCAAUCUUGUUUCUAAUUGCUUUUAAAUUUUAACUUUUCCAUAGCUAAAAGAAGAAAAUCUUAUUUCUUUCAAAAGUUGCACUGACUCAAAAACUGUAACUGAAUCUUUGAACCUCCAUAUUGGCCAACAGAUGGCGAGUUGACAUAAUCUGAAACCCCCCUGUAAUGUCCUGACUGUUUGGUCGAUGAGUCGCCCACUGGACCGACUCCAGCAGGCUCACGACCCCCUUUGGUGUAUAGUGGAUUGUAAACCGUUUAACCACGUCUGAAUGUAUCGCUGAGCUGGUAGGAGCACCGCACAAACAUAUCGUGAGUCACGGUUUUCACAGAGUUUAAUAAUAUUGCAGCUGUAACAUACUAAAAUGUGGUAUCUAUUUAUCUACAAAGUCUUGAACGUGUAUAUUGUGUACAUAGAAAGAGUUUAACUUAAAACAAUAUAUUCAAUUAGAUUUGAGCUAUGUUGCAAUGAGGUUCCCGUGUAAAGACUUUGGCUACAGAUUUUUAAAAGGGGGAUGGGAUUUUUGCUUUGGGGUUGUACAGUAUAUUGUAUGCUUUUCUCCCUUGCAGUUUGACUAUGAAAAAAUAGUCUGUCUAUUUUAUUAUACAGAUCUCUUUGCCUUGUUGACUCACUUUACCUAAUGGCAUAUGCAAUAGUGACAUGAAUACAAUCUAGUUUACAACUGUGGAACCAAAUGUAACAUUGCAUUGGUGAUUUGUUUUCUUCUUGUGGCAAGCAGACGCUGUUUUGCUCCAUGUACAUUUCUCUUUCUGCCAAGUGUUUUGUUUUUCUUGCUUUCUUCAACACGUCUCAAAGCGCUUUACCCAUUUCUGUGUCCGCGGACAGACUGACUGAUCUUGGGUCUACUCAAUCUGAAAGCUUUGUUGUCUUCCAUUGUACAUAAUUCAAUAUACUGUUUAUUGUGAUGCUCACAAAAGAUGAUUAUUAUGAUUUAUAAAUCCUGAUAGUCAAGUAUUGCUUUUGUCUGUAUUGAUUAUGGAUAGCAACCUAAAUAAAUAAAUGAAUUUAUUUAAAGAGCUA